AUGCGGCAAUCGACUGCCUGCCGCAAAGCCGGUCCUAUCCUAUCCGCUCCCACACCAAUUCACCAUGCCUCCCCCCCCAGGCAGAACUUCACCUUGGCUGAGCAAGUGCCAGAGCUCCACCACGCCGCAUUCCCAACCCACGCGAGCUCUGUUGAGCUUGAGCCAACAGCUGGAGCUCCCGCAGCUGUAGCUUCUGCUGGUGGUGGUGAGACCAGGUCCUCCCUACCAGACAUCCAUAAGAAGCCACGCUUCUUCCCCUGGCAGCCGGACCAUUGGAGAAGGCUCCCUUUCGCAAUGGUGCCUAAGAACCCGUGGGCGUCCUCGCCGUCCUCUUCUCCUUUAGACAAAGCCGCCGACAAGUCCUCAGAUCCUACAAAUAACAACCCCUCCUCCACGUUUCCUCAUUCCCCGCCAAAUCACAUCCCCUCGCGCAAAUCGUCCAUCGGCCACCAGUCCGCCGCCGCCGCCCCCGUCUCCCUCUCCGCCCACGCGGCCGCGCCCAUGCCCGCGACCUCGAAAGCGCCCCUCCGUACCGUCCCCGAGACCGACUGGCUCUCCCGCGCCAACUACACCAACACCAACAACGGUCACGGCCACGGUCACGGCCAUUCCCACGCUCACAAGCACUCGCUCUCGCACUCCUCCCGUCGGUCUCGCCGUCCCUCCCUAGGGAACAACCUAGCCACCUCCUUUACCCUCACGAUGCAGCCUCCCCCGCCCCCGGACCCUUCGCGCUACGCGACCUCUGACCUGAACUUCACUCGCAAAACCUGGCCCGAGGAGAAGGACAAGGUCAUCACCGGCCCCUUUGACUACCUCUACACCCACCCGGGCAAGGACUUUCGCGCCCAGCUCAUCCAGGCCUUCAACGUCUGGCUCGAGGUGCCCCAGGACAGCAUCGACGUUAUCACAAACGUCGUCGGCAUGCUGCACACGGCCUCCCUCCUCAUCGACGACGUCGAGGACUCGUCCUCCCUCCGCCGCGGCCUCCCCGUCGCCCACAACAUCUUUGGCGUCGCCCAGACCAUUAACUCGGCAAACUACAUUUACUUUUGCGCCCUCCAGGAGCUCCAGCGCCUCAAGAACCCCAAAACUAUUUCCAUCUUCGCCGAAGAGCUCGUCCACCUCCACCGCGGCCAAGGAAUGGACCUCUUUUGGCGCGACACCCUCACCUGUCCCACCGAAGAGGACUACCUCGAAAUGGUUGGCAACAAGACGGGCGGCCUCUUCCGCCUGGGCGUCAAGCUCAUGCAGGCCGAGUCCCGCAGCCUGACGGACUGCUCCGAGCUCGUCAACCUCAUGGGCCUCAUUUUCCAGAUCCGCGACGACUACAUGAACCUCUCGAGCAAGGAGUACUCGGACAAUAAAGGCAUGUGCGAGGACCUGACCGAGGGCAAGUUCAGCUUCCCCAUCAUCCACAGCAUCCGCUCCGACCCGUCCAACCUGCAGCUCAUCAACAUCCUCGGACAAAAGACGAACGACGUCGAAGUCAAGCGCUUCGCCGUCGCGCGCAUGGAGAGCACUGGCAGCUUCGAGUAUACCAAGCAGGUCGUCGGCGUGCUGAUUGCCCGCGCGCGCACGAUUGCUGACGAUAUUGACGAGGGCCGCGGGUUGACCAAGGGCGUGCACAAGAUUCUUGACAAGAUGGUCCUUGCGGAUCAGAAUACGGCUUCAUGA